AUGAAGCAGGGUUGUGAGAAGUCGACCAAGGCCAUGGGAAAGAAGGUGCAGGCAGGUGCAUCAGUUGCACAGUCUUUGAAGGCUGCAAAGGCUAGCCCAUCCAAGAGGGCUGCUGAUGACAAUGAUGACAAAGUGGAGGUAGUUGAGAGCCAUGCGCAUGUGAAGGUGCAUGUUGAUCAGCUCACUGAGGCACUGGAGAAGAUUGGGGUGGAGUAG